UUUCCUUCACAGUGUACCAAGGGCUCUUCAUCCUCCUCCUCCACGACAGAGGAGCAGCUCCCACGCAGUGUGGAGCCGGCUGUGCCUCGAGCAUCAGACCUCUCCCUCAAGCAAACAAUCCAAAAACGAAAAAACACGGCUUCGGGUGACGGGCGCGACGUGCGCAAUGUGCGAGCCAAGCGCGCAAAUCUGAUGCGCAUCAUUCACAGAGAGCCACAGCAUUCGCAGCCAUGACGGACACAGUGAUGAGCAGCAGCUCAGAUCGCUGGGUAUCCAACAACAGACAGAGGAACAUGCAUGCCAGUGAUAAGGAGCAAGAUAACUGGAGCAUGCAGUCACGCCCUGGUUCUGGUCCAGACCUAACAGAUGAAGAGAAAGAGAUUAUAAACAACGUGAUCGCCCGUGCUGAGAAAAUGGAGGCUAUGGAGCAGGAGAGGAUUGGGCGCCUGAUAAACCGCCUGGACGACAUGAAGAAGACAGUUUGUGGGGAUGGAGUGUCCCGCUGUUUGCUGUGCGGGGAGCAGCUGGGCUCACCUGGAGUCAGCUCAGUGGUGUGCGAGGACUGCAAAAAGAACAUGUGCACCAAGUGCGGUACACAGUGUAGCAGUCGGCCACGCUCUGUGUGGCUCUGUAAGAUCUGCAGAGAGCAGCGAGAGGUGUGGAAGAGGUCUGGUGCCUGGUUCUUCAAAGGCUUUCCAAAGCAGUUCCUACCUGCACCCAUGCCAUUAUCCAAACCAAGAGAGAUGAGUGGUCAGGAAGCUGCAGAGCCACAGGAGCUGCCAGCGUCUGAGUCCAGAGAGACGCCAACCCCACCACCAAAACCAACUCAGAGUCAGAUUCCAACCCCAGAGCAAGUUGCAGGACCAGACCCACAGGGUCGUCCUGGUUACCCACCUGUGGCCCCUAAACCUUCAGUUGUGCGCAUGGCCACUGGUGGAGCAGCCCCUGAAGAGGCAGGACAGGGCAGCCCGGUGGUGAUGAAGAAGCUUGUGACCGUCCAGAGUACCAGACCACAGCUUCCUGCAGCUGCCACCAUGCUUCAGCAAGGUCCAGUGGGUGGAGUUGGAGGUGCUUACUCAUCUGGUGCAGCGCCUCCAGAACAGAGAGUGCCUUCUGCAGUGCGAGAGGACAGGAGGCAGCCCGCUGCCCACAGCACUCCUUCUGCCCGACAGCAGCCUCCUCCAGCCGAGGAGGAGGAGGAGGCCAACGACUAUGACUCUGAUGAAGCCACCACUCUGGGCUCUCUGGAGUUCAGUCUGCUCUAUGAACAGGAAAGCAACAGCCUGCACUGUAGCAUCCUCAAAGCAAAGGGACUGAAGCCAAUGGACUCAAAUGGACUGGCAGAUCCUUACGUCAAACUUCACCUGCUACCGGGAGCCAGUAAGUCUACGAAGCUGCGCACGAAGACCUUGAGAAACACCCGCAACCCUGUGUGGAAUGAGACGCUCACAUAUCAUGGGCUGACGGAUGACGACAUGCAGCGUAAAACCCUCAGGCUGUCUGUCUGUGAUGAAGACAAGUUUGGGCAUAACGAGUUUAUUGGGGAAACCCGAGUGGCGUUGAAGAAACUGAAACUGAACCAGAAGAGAAACUUCAACGUCUGUCUGGAGAGAGUUGUCCCCACGAAGAGAACUGCAACAGUCGGCGCUGCUCGAGGCAUUGCUCUCUAUGAAGACGAGCCAGGAAAAGAUGCCACAGAAGCAGAGGAACGCGGUCGGAUUCUCAUCUCCCUCAUGUACAACUCCCAGCAGAGCCGCCUCAUCGUGGGCGUGGUCCGCUGUGUCCAUCUGGCUGCCAUGGAUGCUAACGGCUACUCUGACCCCUACGUCAAAAUAUGUCUAAAACCUGAUAUGGGGAAGAAGGCCAAGUGCAAAACACAGAUUAAAAAGAGAACCCUAAACCCAGAGUUUAAUGAGGAAUUUGGUUAUGACAUCAAGCAUAGUGAACUGGCCAAGAAGAUAGACAUCUCUGUGUGGGAUUACGACAUUGGGAAAUCCAACGACUACAUCGGUGGCUGUCAGUUGGGUAUCACCGCGAAGGGCGAAAGGCUGAAGCACUGGUACGAGUGUUUGAAGAAUAAGGACAAGAGGAUUGAGCGCUGUGAACAAGCGGCCCCACCCUGGUCCCUCCAAACGGGUUUGAACUGCCACUGCCUAUUCAGGAGCAGACUUGCCGUCUCCCUCUGGUCUAAUGCCACGGCUGCACUGUCUCUUUCAGCCACUCUGGGCUCUCUGGAGUUCAGUCUGCUCUAUGAACAGGAAAGCAACAGCCUGCACUGUAGCAUCCUCAAAGCAAAGGGACUGAAGCCAAUGGACUCAAAUGGACUGGCAGAUCCUUACGUCAAACUUCACCUGCUACCGGGAGCCAGUAAGUCUACGAAGCUGCGCACGAAGACCUUGAGAAACACCCGCAACCCUGUGUGGAAUGAGACGCUCACAUAUCAUGGGCUGACGGAUGACGACAUGCAGCGUAAAACCCUCAGGCUGUCUGUCUGUGAUGAAGACAAGUUUGGGCAUAACGAGUUUAUUGGGGAAACCCGAGUGGCGUUGAAACUGAAACUGAACCAGAAGAGAAACUUCAACGUCUGUCUGGAGAGAGUUGUCCCCACGAAGAGAACUGCAACAGUCGGCGCUGCUCGAGGCAUUGCUCUCUAUGAAGACGAGCCAGGAAAAGAUGCCACAGAAGCAGAGGAACGCGGUCGGAUUCUCAUCUCCCUCAUGUACAACUCCCAGCAGAGCCGCCUCAUCGUGGGCGUGGUCCGCUGUGUCCAUCUGGCUGCCAUGGAUGCUAACGGCUACUCUGACCCCUACGUCAAAAUAUGUCUAAAACCUGAUAUGGGGAAGAAGGCCAAGUGCAAAACACAGAUUAAAAAGAGAACCCUAAACCCAGAGUUUAAUGAGGAAUUUGGUUAUGACAUCAAGCAUAGUGAACUGGCCAAGAAGACUUUAGACAUCUCUGUGUGGGAUUACGACAUUGGGAAAUCCAACGACUACAUCGGUGGCUGUCAGUUGGGUAUCACCGCGAAGGGCGAAAGGCUGAAGCACUGGUACGAGUGUUUGAAGAAUAAGGACAAGAGGAUUGAGCGCUGGCACACCUUGAUGAACGAGAAUCACAUCUCCAGUGAUUAACAACUUGCCCCCCGCACAGCAUGAGCUAAAACCCAGCCCCUUUUCUUUGGUUUGCUUUUAACUCCUGAGGCACGUUCUCAUUUGUUUUGUUUUUCUCCUCCCUGGCCACGGCAUAUUUACAGCCCUCCUGCUUCCUCUACCCUGUAAUGUUUCUUCCUGUCUUUUUGAGCAAACCUGUUCUCUGCCUGUGCUGAUCCUUAAUAACUGCCUCUGGUACUUUUCAAAAGAAAAAUAAUGGAAUAAAUAAGGUAUAACAUUAACGCAGCCAAGAAAAUUAAACUUGGAUGCACAACAUGUCAUUGAACAAUUGCACAAAGACUAUCACGCCUGGUAGCAGUGGCGGUUCUCAGGAGGAGUUGGGUGGGGUGGUGGGGGUUAGGGAGGUCUGUAACAACAGGUUUGUCCCUCCCGGUGGGAUUCCCCCUUGAAUGCAGUCUCAUAAAAAACACUCUGAGUAACAAGAACUGAAAGUAUUUAACUCUUCAUAUGUGCCAUGAUUUUAAAAUUAUAGAAAGUACUCGGUGACAGAUUGCAGGUGUAUAAGCCUUAAGGCCAGAAUGCCACUUUUGCCAUGUGGUGUCAUUGCCGUCUGUGUUGCCAG